CGAAGCCUUCAGUGCGAGUCCAGGCAGAGGCCAGCAGACUCUCUUAUCAGUCCGUCCCCGCUGCUCGGCUUUCGGUCAACUUAUCGGAGAAGGAACAAGAGGGACGCAGGAGUAAAUAAAGGGGGGGGGGUUAAUUUAUUUAUUUAUUUACCAUCUUUUGGGACUCAGAAAGGUGCCCGCACGCGGACCUGCUCCACAGCAAUGUCCAGGCGCAAACUUGGCAGCAGACCGCAGCACCUGAGUGUGAUUCAAGUUCUUACUGGAGACCAGUGGUGCGUGUCUGCUGUGACCACAGGCCCUGACUCAACCCUCAGUGUGUGUGUUUCUGUGUGUGUGUGACCGCGCCUUGCAAGUCUGCACAAACAGCCGCGCGGCCCUGAAACAGGAAAGAUGUCACUGACAUGGUGGAUGGCACCAGCUCCUCAGACCACCAGCCUCCUCCUCCACCUCCUCCUCCGCAGGCCCGAGCUCCUGAUGACUGUCGGGACCUCCUGACCUGCGGCCAGUGCAGCCGUGCGUUCCCCCUUGCCCACAUCCUGUCCUUCAUUCAGCACAAACAGGGAGGCUGCCGCUCCGGAAACCACCCCCAAAAUGCCAAUGCCACACCCCCCUCACCUGCCAACCGGGCUCUGCGGCACAUCGCUAACUCCACCUCUGAGCCAGGGCCGGGCUUCAUCGAGCUGAAGAGAGGAGCGUCUAGAGAGCAAGGCUGGGGGGAUGAGUCCAACGUCAGGGUGAAGGCGGAGCAAAGCAGAGCAGUGUCUGAGGAGCCCUCCUAUUUCACCUGCCAGCAGUGUGAAGGUGUGUUUCCCUCUGCGUGGUUGCUCCUGCAGCAUGCCCAGCACACACACUCCUUUAGCAUCUACCAAGAGGACAGCGAGGAGCUCACAGACACGAGAGGAGGACGAGGAGGGCACAAGGAGCAUAAGCCUGCUGCAGCCACUCUCGACCCUCGCCACCUAAGUCAGGCCCUUGCCUCUGCCUUCCAGCCCUCCACCCUGCGCCUCAGCCGCUCCCGUCAGACACACAACACCUCCACCAACUCCUCUGGUAAUCUUCAGGCUCUGAACUUUUCUGUGCGGCUCAAGGAGCUCGCCGAGGGGAACAACACCACCGGCAGCUCACCCGGAGGCCUAGUGCUUUCCCCAUCCUCCUCCCCACCUGCAGCCUCUCCCUUUCCUCAGUCUAGCUCCCUUCAGAAUGACUUCCUCUGCGAGUUGUGCAACCAGAACUUCCACUCCCUGCACGCCCUCUCCACCCAUCGCCGGACUCACGCCUGCGAUCGCCCCUAUCACUGUGGCGUGUGCGGACAAGCCUUCGCCCAGAGUGGCCAGCUGGCCCGUCACAUACGGAGCCAUCACAGGGAGGCUGGAGGUGGAGGAAUCGGCUAUGAGUCCGUGGAGAUGAUGGUGGUGGAGGAGGAUGGAGGGCGACGAGGGCGGUUUCAGAUGCAAACAGUUGGAAUCAUGGGUAAGGUUGGAGCUGAUGUCAGAGCUCAGGGCUCCUCUGAACUGGACCUGUCCCUGCCCAAACAUCCGUCCAUCGCCUCAGGCUUGACGGUGCUGACCUCGCAGGUUCGCCGACCAGACAGGGAGCUACUGAGGCUGUACCAGCGCCAAAGAGAGAGCAGAGAGGGAGGCGAAGAGGAGGCGGAAGGGCAGGGGGAGCACAACUCACCCUGUGCCAGCCCCUCUGAGGGCUCACUUGAGAGUGGGGAGACCGGGGGCAGUGGUGAGAGCGGCAUUGCAAGCGGAAACUGCACACCUAAACGCCCAGAGAUGGGAGUACGAGGAGUGGUAGAGUGGGAGAAUGAACAAGGAGAGAUCAUUGAGAGGGAGAAAGAGUGGAGCUCAGCCAAAGUCAGCGAGGCUGUGCAGGAGUGGCAGAGGGAGAAUGAGCGGAGAAGUGUGGGAGGAGGUGGAAACAUAAGCAGCAUGCCUGCCGGUUCAACUGGUAAGAAGAAGAAAGAUGAAGCGUGCGAGUUUUGUGGCAAACAGUUCAGAAACAGCAGCAACCUGACCGUGCACCGCCGCAGCCACACAGGAGAACGGCCCUAUCGCUGUGGCCUCUGCAACUAUGCCUGCGCUCAAAGCUCGAAGCUAACACGCCACAUGAAGACCCACGGCACCCAUGGUGCUACUGCUUCCUUCCUGUGUCAACUGUGUGCUGUACCCUUCACCGUGUACGCCACUCUAGAGAAACAUCUAAAGAAGGUUCACGGCCUGAGUCACGCCAGCGUGGGUGCAUAUGCGCAGGCCAGUGCUGCGGACACUCUGGCUGCUAUAAAAGCUGAAGGAGCAGCAGCAGAAGUGGUGGUAAAGAUGGAGGAGGAGGAAGCCAGUCUGGAUCAAAUAGAAAUGGAGAGCAAAAUGCAGGGUGAUGCUGUGAAAAGCAUGGAAGUGGAGGAGGGGAAAAGCAGCGAAGAAUAUAAUGAGAACAGCGGGAGUCCGGACAGAGUGGGUGAUCUCCCACCUGAGAGCAAAGCAGAAGUGAGCUUAGCUUUGAGUUCUGCGCCCUGAGAGCCGCUCUCAUUCACUCACUGACUUUAAAAUAGCACUGUAUAGGAUUUAAGUCGCCCACUCGUAUAAAAAAAGUCAUCCCAUCAAUGAACCGACAGUCACGUCACACUGGAAUCUACU